AUGGCACAAAAGGUAGCUUACACCAACGAGAAUGAUGCGCAUCAUAUGCAGUACUCCCGAGGAGCCCGAAACACAGCAGAUAAUCAUCGCAUACAUAUUGUCGAAGAUGAGGAGGAAGACGAAGAGAACCUUUCAGAGGAAGACGAAGACGAAGACGGCGAAAGCGAGGAUGAGGUGGACGAGUCUGUCAUCGAGGACAUGCGCAAACUCGAAGAAAGCUUUAGAGGGAUCUCGAGGAAAUAUCGCUUGAUCAACCGGAUAGGAGAAGGUGAGAAUUGGGUUUUGGCAGUGUUCAGUGAGAAAGCAUACCAUCUAAUUGAAACCAGGUACAUUCUCCACUGUAUAUAA